UUUAUAUGUAUAUAUAAAAUUAAAUAAAAAAUGGAUAAUAUACUAUUUAUAAAACAGUGCAUCAUCUAAAAGCAAAGUUAUAAACACUCAUCUCGAUUGAGAAUAAACGAUGAGUGGUUGCUGGAAUCUAAAUUUAAUGUUUUUGGUUUAUUAUUUUACUUCUGAUGCCGUGUACACUAAGCAUAGGAAGCAAGGACAGCAAAAUGAGCAUAUUACUGACGGAUCUGAAUUUAUGAAACGUGUCGUCGGUGGAUCAAAAUUAAAUUCAAGGCCGAAAUUUCUUAUGUUUACCGCACCAUACAAGUUGUGCGAAGGUGAAUGUAGUGAUGAAAGAUCGGUAAUGGGAUUUCCAGUGUAUUUAGGAAAUUAUGCUAAGAAAGUAUAUAGAGAUACUUACAUUAGAAAUUACAAUAAAGAACUAAAUCAAACCGACAAAAUUACUCAUCCACCAAAAUCGAAAAGUAAAAAGACAAAUAAAAGGAGGGAAACAAACCCCAACGGGAGGAGCACCACAUCGACAGAACCACCGAUUUUUACUGAUGAUAAAAAAGAACGAUUAAAUUUUAUUAUAAAUAAAAAAUCAGACUGUAGCUGCCCAUAUUUAGAUCCUAAUAUAUGUUACAAGAAACGAAAUCCCGCUAUGAGGCAAAAACAGGAAAUCUUCAUAGAUGACAUCAAAAAGCUAUUCACAAUAUAUCGAAAAACAAAAGAUAUAAUUUAA